AUGGAUUACUGGAAGUACUACAUCAACAGCAUCCUGGCGGACAGGAACAUUGAAGACGUGGCUAUCGUGGGCGCCUCUGACAAUAAGUGCGUGUGGGCGGCCAAGCCAGGAGGGCUCCUCGCAGCCAUCUCGCCUCAAGAAGUGGGCUUGAUCACAGGCCAGGAUCGGAAAACAUUCCUGCUAACAGGAAUCACUGUAGCUGGCAAAAAGUGCAGUGUGAUUCGUGACAGCCUGCUGGUGGAUGCAGACAACGUGAUGGAUGUCAGAAGCAAAGGCAGUGACAGCAGAUCCAUCUGUAUUGGCAAGACCCCCAAAGCCCUGAUCUUCCUCAUGGGUAAUAAGGGAGUCCAUGGAGGAGCCCUCAACCAAAAGGUCCAUGAUAUGAUUGUGGGCAUGAAAGCAUGA